CCAGAACCACCAGGACCAGAACCACCAGGACCAAACUAUUCUGACAUCAUGUGCCCUUUUUCUGUGUUCUUCUUUCUGGCUAUGGGUCUUCUGGUUGAUGCCUCUCCGACAGUCUCUCCGGCUUUGGAGGUGGAUGUAAAGUCUCGGCUCCAGGAGAGGGCGCCGUCCUCGGAUUGUCCAUCAUGCUCUUUGUCUCACAUGAGGAGAAACUCGUCUACUUUGGGAGGACAGAAUGACAUGGUGGAGGCAGUGAAACGUCACAUUCUGAACAUGCUGCACCUGAGCACUCGGCCCAAUCUGACACAGCCAGUCCCUCGUGCUGCAAUGCUCAACGCCAUCAAGAAACUCCACGUGGGCCGUGUUGCUGAAGAUGGCAGCGUGGAGAUCCAAGAAGGCCAGGGCACAACAAUAUCCCCUGAACCACCAUCAGAAAUAAUCACCUUUGCAGAGCCAGGAGGCUCUCCGACCUCUGUGACCUUUGACAUUACAAUGGACAGCAGUGACUCGUCUGUGGUUGAACAGGCCAAUGUCUGGAUCUUCUUCAAGGUGUUGAAGGGAAAUCGAGCGAAAGGCAAAGUGAUGCUGAGGCUGCUUCUUGAGGAUGAUAAAGGUGAGGAGGACUGUGUUUUAGAGAAGAUGGUGGACGCUCGGCGAAGUGGCUGGCACACCCUGGCCAUCUCUCGCCAGGUUCAGAAUCUGCUUGAAGGCGGCAGCAGCUCACUCAGCCUGGAGGUUUCCUGUCCUCUGUGUGCUGAGGGUGGAGCCUUGCCUGUCCUGACGACUGGAGCAGGAGGGCGAGAUCAAUCUCACCGACCUUUCCUCACUGUGACGAUGCGACCUCGAGAGGAGCUCACCCAGCGACGAAUCAAACGAGGUCUUGAGUGCGACGGGAAACUUCGCCUUUGCUGCAAACGACAGUUCUACGUGGACUUCAAAGACAUCGGAUGGAGCGACUGGAUCAUUGCUCCGUCCGGUUACCAUGCCAACUACUGUGAGGGAGACUGUCCGAACCACAUGGUGAGUUUCGGCGGCUCGUCCCUGUCCUUCCAUUCAAUGGUCAUCAACCAUUAUCGCCUGAGGGGCCAUGGGCCGUUUCAAAACGUGCGGUCGUGCUGCGUACCCACGAGGUUGCGUGCCAUGUCCAUGCUGUACUUCAAUGAGGAGCAAAAGAUAAUCAAAAAGGACGUCCAGGACAUGAUCGUGGACGAGUGCGGCUGCUCGUAACCACGGAGAUGCAUCAAACAAUUCAUGCUUUUGAGCAGGACCUAUGUUUAGUUUAGACUCUUUUCC